AGAUGGUUUAGUUCUAACAGACGUGAAUGGAGCAAGGCAGGUGAAUGUACUGGAGAAUUGAGCGUUAUUUACUGUGAAGCUUUCUACUGAUUGAGCUUGUUUUUUUUAUUAAUUAUUGAUGUCUUCUCAUUUUAUGAUCCACAUUCACACCACAAUGGGAACAAUGCUGUAAGAGAUUAUGGGGAAAAAAUCUAAACUGCAUAGUAAAAAAAUAUUUCAAAAGAAGAACAGCUGGACAAGGACUACAAAAGGAAUACUAAUUGGAGCAAACUGACUAUUAUCCCCAUCACACUUCAAUACUGUCUACAUUUCCAAGAUUGAAACUGGACUGUGACUCAACUACUCAGAGAACAAGAACAGCACCCCAGUGCCUAUAGGGCAGCAGCACUAUGAUCCCAGUGCUGUCAGGGGGCUUUACACAUGAUGACGACACGACCCUGUGGAGCAUCCUUUUCAGAAGGCAACAGCUCCAAAACCGCCUUGAGUUUCUUCAGGUGAUUCAAAAGAAGAGCAACAUACUGGAAGAAUCCCUUGCAAAUGAUGAGGGCCCAUCUGAACUGGAAAGGAUAGAGGAAGAGUUGAAGCUUCUGGAGGAAAAAGAGAAGGAGUUUCUCAAAGUGAGACCACAGCCCACUGAAAAACCCCCGGACAGAGAUCUUGGCCAUGAUUUACUUGCCGUGACAGAUGCGAAAGGUCAAAUACAAGGACUGUACGUUCUCCCCUUUUCUCUCUCAGAAGCUAUUACUGCUCCUUACAUUCCUCCGCAAGAGGAAACAACAGAGCCCCCAGUGCAGACAAUACCCUUGGAUGACCUCCCCAUGACUACGGCCACAGUGAAGUGUCCUUUCUGCCAAAAAAUUGUUGACACUGAGGUUCGCUACAAAAUUGGCAGCAAUGUCUUCCUCUUUUGCUGUCUCUUAUCCAUGGUGGGGUGUCUGGCUGGAUGCUGCUUGGUCCCCUUCUGCACGAAUCGCUUCAAAGAUAUUGCCCACAAGUGUCCGUCCUGCCACAAAGACGUUGGUAAAUCUCAUAGACUUUGA